CGCUCGGGCAGCGGGCUGAGUGAGCUGCCGCCGCUGCCGCCGCUGCCGCCGCCGGGGGAGGGGCGGCCGCCGCCCGCCUGCGCUCAGAGACUCACGCAGCCCUAGUCCCGCCAGUCCGCCAACACAGUAGUGCCGGCCCCCCUCCGCCCCUGGCCCUCCCCCUCCCCGCCUUGGGCUCGCUCCGCCUUUUCUGCCCCCCACCCCCACCUCACGGGUACGGGCCAUUCCCGGCCAGGAAACGCCGUGGCGCCGCGUUGGGCCUAACUCGAGUCUCGCUGCCUCCCGGGAGUGCCGUGCGCCGCAGCCCGGGCCCAGGCCCCGGCAGCGCCUGGGUCAAGGAUUCCUCAUGUCCGUAACAUGCUGGCUGAGGCUCUGCAGUUCACCCCCACUCUUUGAGUGGUCAGUCUCCAUUAAUUGGACCCCGUGAUUCCUACCCUCUGCUGUCUUGGACGUCAUGAGCAUUGCAAUCCCUCUGGGAGUCACCACACCAGAUACAUCGUACUCAGAUAUGGCUGCUGGAUCAGAAAAGGAAGUGGAAGCCCCCUACCUUUCAAGACGAAGUGGCACUACACCAGGAUGUGAAAGUCCAGCGAAAGAGACCCAAGGGGCCUAGGGGGCAGCACACCCCCAGAAGCCAAGUCUAUUCCAGGCAGUACCAGGGAUUAGGGUCUGGGCUGGAAAAAUCCUGGUGUUUUGAAUAUGUUCAGGUCCAGUUCAGACUCUUGAUCCCACAGCCACUUCUUGAGUGAGGGUAUCCUGUCUUGGUAGUGAAUGGAAGAGGGCCUGGUCCCUGGGGCAGUGCAGAAGGCACUUUCAUCAUCUCACUCACUGCAAAUGUCAUGUGAGGUUUCAUGGAAGUAUUAAGAGAUCCAAUUAAGAAGAAUAGUUCUGAGUCUAAACCAGCCCAGAGUGGCUUCUCUAGGGGAAACUCCCCGCUCUGCUGCCCUGAAUCUGUGGAGGCUAGUCCAGCAGUUAAUGAGAAGAGCGUGUAUUCCACUCAUAAUUAUGGGACCACUCAGAGGCAUGGGUGUCGAGGACUGCCUUAUGCUGAUCAUAAUUACGGAGCCCCUCCUCCUCCGACACCUCCUGCUUCUCCCCCUGUCCAGACGAUCAUCCCUCGUUCUGACCUGAAUGGCCUGCCGUCGCCCGUAGAGGAACGCUGUGGAGACAGCCCGAACUCUGAAGGAGAGACUGUUCCUACCUGGUGUCCUUGUGGUCUUUCUCAGGAUGGCUUUCUUCUCAACUGUGACAAGUGCAGGGGAAUGAGCAGGGGGAAGGUUAUUAGACUUCAUCGGCGGAAGCAGGACAACAUAUCAGGUGGGGAUAGCAGUGCAACAGAAAGCUGGGAUGAGGAGCUUUCUCCUUCCACUGUGUUGUACACAGCAACACAGCACACACCUACAAGCAUCACCUUAACUGUUAGAAGAACCAAACCCAAGAAGCGGAAAAAGAGUCCAGAAAAGGGUCGUGCAGCACCAAAGACGAAGAAGAUCAAGAAUUCUCCCUCUGAAGCACAGAAUUUAGAUGAAAAUACCACUGAGGGCUGGGAAAAUCGGAUAAGACUAUGGACUGAUCAAUAUGAAGAAGCUUUCACUAAUCAGUACAGUGCGGAUGUACAGAAUGCCCUUGAACAACAUCUCCAUUCAAACAAGGAAUUUGUGGGCAAACCUGCUAUUUUAGACACUAUUAAUAAAACUGAACUGGCCUGUAAUAAUACAGUAAUUGGUUCCCAAAUGCAGUUACAGCUGGGAAGAGUCACCCGUGUUCAAAAGCACCGGAAAAUCCUGAGGGCUGCAAGAGAUUUGGCUUUGGACACUCUUAUAAUAGAAUAUCGUGGGAAAGUCAUGUUACGACAACAAUUUGAGGUCAAUGGGCAUUUCUUCAAAAAACCAUAUCCCUUUGUGCUCUUCUACUCAAAAUUCAAUGGUGUAGAGAUGUGUGUCGAUGCUCGUACUUUCGGUAAUGAUGCUCGGUUCAUCAGAAGAUCUUGUACACCAAAUGCAGAGGUGAGACACAUGAUUGCAGAUGGGAUGAUUCACCUGUGUAUCUAUGCUGUAUCUGCUAUCACCAAGGAUGCUGAAGUCACCAUUGCAUUUGAUUAUGAAUAUAGUAAUUGUAAUUACAAAGUGGACUGUGCUUGUCACAAGGGAAACCGGAAUUGCCCCAUACAGAAAAGAAAUCCCAAUGCUGCAGAAUUGCCACUCCCACCUCCUAGCUUUCCCACCAUUGGAGCAGAGACCAGACGUAGAAAAGCACGGCGGAAAGAGCUGGAGAUGGAGCAGCAAAAUGAGGUUCCAGAAGAGAAUCAUGACCCACAACCACAAGAAGUUCCUGAAAAAGUAACUGUAUCCAGUGAGCAUGAGGAAGUUGACAAUCCAGAAGAAAAACCGGAAGAAGAAAAAGAAGAGGCCACAGACGACCAGGAGAACUCAGCUCAUAGCAGAAGGACUCGGGAAGAUAGGAAGGUUGAAGCCAUCAUGCAUGCUUUUGAAACUUUAGAGAAGAGAAAGAAACGGCGGGAUCAACCUGUAGAGCAGAGCAACUCAGACGUAGAGAUUACUACUAGCAGUUCAGAGAUAGUAGUUGGAGAAGAGACAAAAACUACAGCCCCCGAGUCUGAAGUUAACAACCCUGUUACAAACAUUGCCAUCCCAAGCAUCCCACAGAGCACUGGUGUGAAUACUCGGCGGUCUUCCCAUGCUGGGGAUGUAGCUGCAGAAAAGCCAGUCCCCAAACCACCUCCAGCUAAGCCUUCUAGACCCCGACCGAAGAGUAGAAUUUCUCGGUACCGGACCAGUUCAGCCCAAAGACUAAAACGUCAGAAGCAGGCCAACGCACAACAGGCAGAGCUCGCACAAGCUGCCUUGGAGGAAGGAGGAAGUAACAACUCAGUAACUCUUCCUGAAGCUGGAAAUAUAGACAGUUCAGGAGAGAGCAGACCGUUAACAGGGUCUGACCCAACUGUGGUAUCAGUUACUGGAUCCCAUGUCAACCGUGCUGCAUCUAAAUACCCCAAAACCAAAAAGUAUCUAGUUACAGAAUGGUUAAAUGACAAGGCAGAGAAGCAAGAAUGCCCUGUCGAGUGUCCUUUGCGUAUCACCACUGACCCAACUGUAUUGGCAACAACCCUGAACAUGCUACCGGGUCUUAUUCAUUCCCCAUUAAUUUGUACGACCCCCAAACACUACAUUCGCUUCGGCUCACCCUUUAUGCCUGAGAGGCGUCGAAGGCCCCUUCUGCCUGAUGGCACAUUCAGCUCCUGUAAGAAGCGCUGGAUAAAGCAAGCUCUGGAAGAAGGGAUGACUCAGACAUCAUCUGUGCCCCAAGAGACUAGAACACAGCACCUAUACCAAAGUAAUGAGAAUAGUAAUUCUUCUAGUAUCUGUAAAGAUAAUGCAGACUUACUGAGCCCAUUAAAGAAAUGGAAGUCUCGCUAUCUGAUGGAGCAGAAUAUCACCAAGUUGCUUCGGCCUCUGUCUCCAGUUACACCACCCCCACCCAGCUCAGGCUCAAAGAGUCCCCAGCUGACCACACCUGGCCAGACUCACCCAGGAGAAGAGGAGUGUCGAAAUGGAUACAGCCUCAUGUUCUCACCAAUCACAUCUCUUACUACUGCUAGUCGUUCCAACACUCCUCUGCAGUUUGAGCUUUGUCACCGAAAAGACCUAGAUUUGACAAAAGUGGGAUACCCAGACUCCAGCACUCACAGCUGUGGUGAUAGGCCCUCUCUGCUCAACUGCAGUCAUCCUGACCUGGCUUCUCAUCCCUCCGUUGCUCCCACCUCCGAGGCUGGCUUCCCAAGCAGGAGUGGAGAUGGUCCUCAGACCUUGCUGAGAAACUCAGACCAGGCGUUUAGGACAGAGUUCAAUUUGAUGUACGCCUACUCCCCUUUGAACGCUAUGCCUCGAGCAGAUGGACUGUAUAGAGGGUCUCCCUUGGUGGGGGACCGGAAGCCUUUACAUUUAGAUGGAGGAUAUUGUUCCCCUGCAGAAGGCUUUUCUAGCAGAUAUGAACAUGGCUUUAUGAAAGACCUCUCUCGGGGAUCCAUGUCACCUGGUGGUGAAAGGACCUGUGAAGGAGUCCCAUCUGCUCCUCAGAACCCACCACAAAGGAAAAAGGUGUCCUUGCUAGAGUACCGCAAAAGGAAGCAAGAAGCUAAGGAGAAUUCUGGUGGGGGAAGUGACUCUUCACAGAGCAAAAGCAAGUCUUCAGGAGCUGGGCAAGGCAGCAGUAACUCUGUUUCUGACACUGGUGCCCAUGGUGUGCAGGGAUCCUCAGCCCGAACCCCCUCAUCCCCUCACAAAAAGUUUUCCCCGUCUCAUUCCUCUACAUCACAUUUGGAGGCGGUAAGCCCAUCAGAUUCCAGGGGCACUUCUUCCUCUCACUGCAGACCUCAAGAAAACAUCAGCAGUAGAUGGAUGGUUCCUACAUCAGUUGAACGACUCCGAGAAGGAGGUAGCAUCCCUAAGGUUCUUCGAAGCAGUGUGAGAGUUGCCCAAAAGGGAGAGCCAUCUCCCACGUGGGAGAGCAACAUCACAGAGAAAGAGUCAGACUCUGCAGAUGGAGAAGGCCCAGAGCCAUUAAGCUCAGCACUCUCUAAAGGAGCAACUGUUUACAGCCCAUCCAGAUAUAGCUACCAGCUCCUGCAGUGUGACAGUCCGAGGACAGAAUCACAAAGCCUCCUUCAGCAGAGUUCGUCCCCCUUUAGAGGACAUCCCACCCAAUCUCCAGGAUACAGUUAUCGAACUACUGCACUGAGACCUGGAAACCCUCCCUCUCAUGGUUCUUCGGAAUCAUCCCUCUCUUCCACGUCCUACCCCAGCCCUGCCCACCCUGUGUCUACAGACUCGUUGGCCCCAUUUACGGGGACUCCAGGGUAUUACAGCAGCCAGCCGCAUUCUGGAAACAGCACUGGCAGCAAUCUUCCAAGGAGGAGUUGUUCUUCGAGUGCUGCUAGCCCUACCCCACAGGGCCCCUCAGACUCACCGACCUCAGACUCGGUUUCUCAGUCCAGCACAGGAACUCUGAGUUCCACCUCCUUUCCUCAGAACUCUAGGUCGUCAUUGCCAUCAGACUUACGGACUAUCAGUCUGCCCAGUGCUGGGCAGUCAGCUGCCUACCAGGCCUCCAGGGUAUCUGCGGUUUCCAGUUCACAGCACUACCCACAUCGUGGGAGUGGGGGUGUACACCAGUACCGACUCCAGCCAUUGCAAGGGUCAGGAGUCAAGACUCAGACAGGACUUUCCUAGGGCUUCUGGAUAUGGGCAAACUGAACUUAAUGGGCCCAUAGCUGCUUCCUUCCAGCUGCCUCUGGAAUCAAGGCCGAGCAUAUUGCUGGGGAAGAGGGGUACAAGGUGCCAGAGGAAUGGGUCUGGUCAGCAAGAAAUGAGACUUGUGGUCAUGACUGGCCUCUGGCCUUGGAGAAAGAUGUAAAUCUUGUCUGAAGCAGAGACUAUGAAGAAGUUUCUCCCUGCUGUUAAGGGUACAUUGUUAACAAGCAGAUGGUGUUUCGGUUAGUAACGACGGUUCUAAGUGCAAUGACUUGUGUUGAAGCCUAUGUCUCCCAUCCUUGCCUGUAGCCUGUAGUCACUUGUGCAGUAAGGACAUCUUUUUCAAUAAAAAAAUAAUAAUUUUUUUUUUCUUUUCAAAAGAAAAAAGUGGGAAGAGCCAAUCUUAAAGCCCCAAGCCAUCCGAGUAGUGUUAGGGUUUUAUGCACUUAAGAAAAAAAAAAGGUAGGUAUGUAAAUGUCCACUGUGAGACAACCAUUCCUAAAACAGAUGCAUGGUCAAGGUGUAUCCACCUGGAGUGUGCCCUACCUUUGUCUUAUAGCCACCAGGAAAUGGGCAGGGUGAGGAAUGCUGGGUGCCUACUCUGACUGAGGCUUGCCUGGCUCUCUGAGAGGAGGAGCUCCUGGGUAUUUGGGAGCAGAUUUGGGAUGGACUGGGCUCCAGCUGUUACCAUCCACUCCUCCUUUCCAAGUUGUUUCACAGCUUAGUGAUUACCCUGUGAAGUAAGUAGAGAAGUGAGGCAGGCCACUUUAGGAAGCAUCCAGUGGUCUGGGUAAUCUUUGGAUUUUAAUUUUCCUAUUCCCAGUUAAUCAGGAGUUGCUGUCCUAAGAGCAGGGUGGCCUCCAUGACUGAAAAGCAUGCACUCAUGACUGCAGGGUAAGAAUGGGACAGAUAGGGUUGCGGAGUGGCACCGACAGGGCUGUGAUUGUGUGUGGGGCCUGCCCCACGUUUCUAUGGGGGAUGCUUAUAUGACAGUGGGCAGGUGAGAGAGUUAACAAGUCACCCAUACCCCUAACACUGUUCUGUAUGAGAGACAAAGAGCAGACUGGCUUCUCCCCAUCAGUGCAUUGUGCCUGUUGUACACCCCUGGAGGAGCCCUGAAGCCAGCCCAGGUGGGGUACACAAUCUUUUUAAAUUCCAUAUGGUUGCCAGCUUAUUUCUUUCACUUGUUUACUGUAAUACCUGGCGUGUUUUUAUUUAUCUAAUUUUGUAUUCAGCUAUAACCAUGGUAGGGUAGUGAGUGUAUGACAGUGUGAUCCCUGGUGCUGCAGUGGACCGUACUUCUUUUGGACAAGAUAUACUGUGAGUCUCCCUCCUUACCUCUAAUUGUUUUCUUCCCAUUCCCUAGAUUCUUUCAUCUCCUUCUUUUCUGCCCUGACCUACAACUAUCAUAUGCACAGUCUUCUCUCUUUGUGUGUGACUGUUACAAAAUUUCACUUUUCAAAAUUGAAAUCAGGUGUUUGCUCAAAUGAGGGGAGAAUUUUUUUUUUGUUUUGGUUUUAUUUGUUUUUAUUUGUUUUUAAUGCUGAACCUUCAGCAUAGUACUUUUGUUGUUUUCCCUACAAACCCAUCAGUCUGGGAGAGCAUUGGGAGUGGAAAUCAUGUUGCCUGGGAUGCCGGUUUCUUUGUAUAUUAUAUAAAACGUAUGUAAAUGUCUCUCCAUUUGGGCUGGGGUUUGCAUUCUCCCAUUGGCUAAAAGCCAAAGGGAGAGGCCAGCGGGCAGGCGGCCCUCACCCUGCCUGGCACGUGCAGAGACCCCAGCCACUCUGUGUGGGCAGGGUGCUGUCAAGACCAGACCUCUGGGGGGGAGGGUGGGGGGAGGGGGGCUCUUGGAAGGGAAGGAGCAUCGCUUCUUCCUCAAGUGGAGUGUUUACACCUUGCUGUAACAUUUGAACUUUCACAAGAGAUGUAAUAAUUUUGAUAAUAAAAUUCUUAACCAUAAUCA